AUGGAUAGAGCAAUGAUACUGCUUCUAAUGUGCUUGCUUUCAACAUCAACAUCGCUGGUACGGGGUGAAGACCCCUACUUAUUCUUCGAAUGGAACGUCAGUUAUGGCACCAUUUCUCCCUUGGGAAUUCCUCAACAGGGAAUUCUUAUUAAUGGAGAAUUUCCUGGACCAAAUAUUAAUUCAACUACCAACAAUAAUAUUCAUAUCAAUGUCUUCAAUAACCUUGACGAGCCGUUCCUUCUUACCUGGAGUGGCAUUCAACACAGAAAGAAUUCUUGGAGCGAUGGAGUUAUCGGAACAAACUGCCCAAUUCCUCCAGGGACGAACUACACUUACCGGUUCCAGGUGAAAGACCAGAUCGGUAGCUAUAUUUACUACCCAACGACAGCCCUGCACAAGGCGGCUGGUGCCUUUGGCGGCCUCCGUGUUAAUACUCGUCAAUUCGUCCCCGUUCCUUAUGACAGAUACCCUGAAGAAGACUACACUGUUCUUAUUGGUGAUUGGUAUACCAAGAACCACACUGAACUCAGGAUGUUAUUAGAUGAAGGUGGUUCCAUUGGGAGACCUGACGGAACUCUCAUCAAUGGGAAAUCCGGGAAGCCCGACGGACUGGGCGAGCCUCUUUUCACAAUGAAGGCUAACAAGACGUACAAGUAUAGAAUCUGCAAUGUUGGGCUCAAGACCUCGCUCAACUUCAGAAUCCAAGGCCAUAAUAUGAAGUUGGUGGAGAUGGAGGGUUCUCACACUGUCCAGAAUGUGUAUGAAUCUCUAGAUGUGCACGUAGGGCAGUGCUAUGCCGUGCUUGUGACUGCUGACCAGGCCUCCAAGGACUAUUACAUGACUGCUUCCUCCCGAUUUACCAAGACAAUCAUGACAAGCACUGCAAUCAUCCGCUACGCCGAUGGCAACGGACUGGCCUCCCUGGAAAUUCCCCAGGCUCCUGAGGGUUGGGCCUGGUCACUCAACCAGUUUCGUUCUUUCCGUUGGAACCUCACCGCCAGUGCUGCCAGACCCAACCCUCAGGGCUCCUUCCACUAUGGUGCCAUCAACAUUACCCGCACGAUUAGACUCGCUAACUCAGUUAGCAAGGUGGAUGGCAAGCUUCGUUAUGCUAUCAACGGAGUCUCCCAUGUCGAUCCAGGCACCCCACUCAAACUGGCGGAGUACUAUGGAUUAGCUGAUCAAGUUUUCCAGUAUGAUUCAAUCUCAGACGAGCCACCAGUCAAUAUUUCAGAAAUUUCAUUGAAACCCAAUGUCCUCAACAUGACCUUCCGCAACUUUGUGGAGAUCAUCCUGGAAAACAACGAGAAGAGCAUACAGUCAUGGCAUUUGGAUGGCUACUCAUUCUUUGCCGUUGCAGUUGAGCCUGGAACCUGGAGUCCUGAGAAGAGAAAGAACUACAAUUUACUGGACGCAGUGAGUAGGCACACAAUACAAGUCUUUCCCAAAUCCUGGGCUGCCAUUCUCUUGACGUUCGACAAUGCCGGAAUGUGGAAUCUCAGGUCGGAGAAUUGGGAGAGGACUUACCUUGGACAACAACUCUAUGCAAGCGUUCUAUCUCCUGCGCACUCCCUCAGGGAUGAAUACAACCUUCCCGAUCAUGCUCUUCUCUGCGGAGUAGUAAAGGACAUGCCCAGGCCCCCGCCCUACAGCAGUUAGUCAAACUUCCGUCCAUUGCAGAAAUGUGAAGUUUGAAAGGCGUAGAGGUGGUAGCCUUGAGGGUAAUUGGGCAGAAUUUACCAGGAGAGAGGUAGAAGUAUUGUGAUAAACAAGAGAGGCUGGAAAAUAUUGCGAGUGUGAAAUGUAAGUGUACGUGGUUGUCUUUUUAACUAUAAGGUUAUAGGAUUUAUUUUUUAUUUCA